CAAGGAGAAAACAAACACACAAAAACAAUCACCAUAAACUUUAUAAAAACGUAGACAGUAAUAAUUAACUUAAACCAUUUUGAAAAUACUUAUAGUUUUUAAUAAAAAUAAACUGAACAAAUCUGAUUCACUAAUUUAUCAUGUCUUGAUUCUGAAAUUAAACUGCCAAUUAAACUCAGGGUUAGGCUGAAGAAGAGGUCCACCAACGGUUCUUCCCUAUUUUCCCAUUCAUAUUAGCUCAUGUUAAGACCAACCCUAACUCUAAACCCUACUAUCCUUAGCAACCCAAAGACCAACCCUUAAGUUACUACUAAGAAUAGCGCAAUAAAAUCUUUGGAAAACAUCACCAUAACAANUCUUGCAGUAACACUACGGUUAUUUAACAAAAUCAGUUCGAGAACCUUGAUUAGCAAAAACCACUUAACGAGGCAGCAAGCACUAAUCAAGUGACACUUGGUUUCUAGAAAAGUUCGGCUAUUUAAAGUACUUUGGACUUUAAAAGAAUAUCAAUUUAAACUGGAUUAGGCGCGCGUUCCUAAUUUGGUCCAAUUUAAGUAAAAUCUGGUGAAAAUAGUUCUCAGAACACCUUUUCGAGUUUAGAUUUUAACAGUAGCAUAGAGCUAAAAUCUCUUCAAAGUCAAAUUAAUUCAACAAACAAAGAUUCAAUCUUUUUGUCAAACAAUCUGGCCUAAGAAGGUUUUAUAAUUCCAGAGACAAUAAUAAAUCAACAAAUCACAAUUUGAACAAUUCAACAUCAACACACAAACAAUUCAACACUUAUAAUAUAACUUAAACAUUCAACAAACAUGGAAUUGAAAAUACACAUAUUUAUUACUGACAAUCAAAUUCAUAAAUUGAGAAACUUAUAAAUUGGAAAGUCUUAAUUAAAGAAUGAAAUUAAAAAGGAGAAAAUUGCUCCCCUGAGUUUCUUCUUUGCUCGUUAAUGGCGCCAGAAACAGAGCCUUGCAAAGUGCCUGCUAAGCUCAGCAACCGUCCGUCCAAUCCUCCGUCUAUGCAGUCGCCGGAAUCCAUGGCCGAAUUCGCCGUCUUCGGAAUCCAUGGCCGGACCUAGGGCCGGAACCCUAGGUCGGCUUCUCUUCUGCUCUCGCGUGUUCUCCUCCGCUACUGCCUCCGGAGGACAAAAAAGAAUUAGAAAACUGCUCCGUAUAUUUCCAAAUAAAUUGUGCACAUUGAACUUAACUAAAUAAAAGAUAUGAAAUUAAAUAAAAUAAGUUCCAAAUAGAUUUGACUUAAAAGAAAUGAUUUAAAGUUUAUAGUAGCAAACUCAUUCUUAAAGAAAUUCAAACAUACUUGUUACAAAUUUAAUUUCAAUUUAAUGCAAAAAAUGCAACACUUAAGAGUGCUAAAAGAUUAAAAGAAACUAUAAUGAUUUCUAAUUUUUCUCGAAACUCUCUUUUUCUUAUAUAGAUUUUUAUGUGAAAGAUAAUUAUUUUCUUCAAAAACUUUUAAAAAUUUAAUUUUUUUAAACAAAUUGCGUCUAAAAUGCUAUGAAAGGUCUUUUUUUCGACCCAAUUCAUGCUCCUAGUAUGUGUAUGAAAACAUGCAAAAUCAUUUUUUUUCCCCGAAAAUAUGCAUAACUAAAUGCAGAAGCGUCCCCCCACACUUAAAUAUUGCAGUGCCCUCAAUGCAUGUCAAAGAUAUAAAAAUGAUGAACGAAUGCACAUAUUUAAUGAGACAAUUAACAACAUGAAACAUGAAAAACAAUAAAACAGAUGCAAAAUGAUAGGGAGGGGAUUAUAAGAUAUGACAAUUAAGCAUGCAAGACAGACAAAUUUAAAUAUCUGGAUUGCCUCCCAGAAAGCUGCCAUCUUUUAAUGUCUGCGGCUAGACUCGUUGUUCUGCUCAGGACAACAUGGAGAAUCCAUAUCGUACUCUUAAUAACCUGUGAUCACUCAAAACAACACUCCAAAACAAACCAAUAGCUAAUCACAAGGUCAAAGUAAGCAAUAUAAACUAGUUUUAGUAAUAUUCAUAAGUGUAUUUUCCAAAUAAACACAUAAAGCUCUAACAACAAAAUUUCUCAAAAAGUGAUCAAGUUUCUGAAAAAUUGGAUGUUAUGAUGUGGGGUGAUUACUUGCAAAGCACAAAUAACUUGAAUUACACCCAAACACAUAAAAGAGUAUUUGGAAAAUACUUCUUUCUUGUAAAACUUACUGAAACUGUUUUUUAUACUUUCAAUUUAGUUCCGGAACUUUUUCACUACGUUUCCUCUUUUUUUUUUUGGAUCGGUGUGUUUUAUUUAAUUUCAAACCAGAUUUUUUAUCUAAUUCAUUUCCCAUCCGAUUGAACUUUUUUUUUUUAAAGUUGAGCCUGACACUUUUAAAGAGAUUUUGUUUUAGAUUUUUUUCUCUUCUCUUUGAUUUGUUUGGACUAUGUUUUUACUCUUUUUUUUUUACUCCUACGUGCCGAUUGUGUUUAUUUCUAGUGGCCCUUUCUAUGUUAUUUCCCAAACUUUAUUUUAAAUGUAACAAAUAAGGCAACCAGAUUAUAAGAUUAGAGGGUAUAAAUAAAAAGAUAAAAAUCAACCAUCCAAGUAGAGGAAGCAAUUUUUUUUUAAAAUUUGCAUCAAGUUGCAGAGAAACUGAAAGAGAAAGAAAAUAAAUUAACUCCUAGCAACACACCUAAUUGGGGGCAGGUAAAGUUUAAGUGAUACUUAGCUGUGCUAUGGUGUGAGAGCUUCAUGAUGCACCAGCCUUGAAUUUAAACUUCGGCUUCUUUGGAUCCAACGACGGCAAACAAGUGCCUAAUCCAACCGGGACUGGGUUGGGUUUCGGUUGGUCGCCUUUACCCCUGCAGGUGUGUUCGAACACUGCCCGCUCUUUGUUUCGGUAUUGGACCCUUCAGUUAAUCAGAGCAGAUGAUGUGUUGUUGCCGGAGCUUAUCGCGUUGAGUAAUUCAGAGAGUGGCCCCUCUCUAAUAUCUUGGUACAUCAUAGCAAUAUUUAUAAAUGUUGUUGCAACAUCAAGGACCAGAAGAUAGCCCUAGAAGAAGUAAUGCCCUUGACAUAUGCUGCAAGGCGAGCUCUGUUUGGUUAACUCCGUGGUAGAAUAUAGGCAUAGUGUUUCUUCCAUAUAUUUGGCAGUAAUCCGGUCCAAGGUAGCGUUCAUUUGAUGAUAAGCUCCUUGUGAAGUUGCAUUAUUGCUCCUGCCAAUUGCCCUUCUUUUUUACGGCAUAUUGCAUUUAAAACUGGAACACCCACUCUUCUUUAGCACAAUUCACCUGUUUCGUUUCAUAAUCCUGCUAACCAAUCUCGAGCAUUGAAAUAUGCAUAGCUCUAUUCUUCUUUUUCUCUCUCUGUGGUAGCUGAAGUGCAGCCUACUCCCUUACUUUGUAUUAGCCAAACCUUUAAGAGUAGCAAAAAGACAUUCGAUCUCCAUUAAAUGUAUGUUAUUGAAUAACCUGAGUUAGUUCUAAAAAUUGUUAAUAUACAUAAAAAAAAAAUGAGAUGAUUUCCUACGGCUUAAGCUCAAAAACAAAUUAGAUAAAGGAGUUGAACUGCAUUUUAUACUAGCUACUAUUUCAAAAGGUUAGAAAAGAAAAUGAAGCUAGUCAGUUUGAUCAAAAAAUAUUUAAUUAAGAGAAGUAUAAGACAAGUAAUACUAACAGGACACAUACACAGACUUAACGGAGAUUCGUAAUAAAAGAAGACUAAACACUGUGGACACACACUAUCCCAAAAACCAAAAACAUGAAGAAAGAAACUGACUCAAAAAUAAAAGCUAAAGAUUUACUCAAAAAGACAAAGAACCGACCUGCACAAAAGAAUAACAUAUUUCACUAUUCUUAGUGGUUAUGUGUUUUAUUAGAAACUGAAAGACUUUUUUUUUUUUCGUUCCGUUUUUUUUAUUUAACAAGAGUUUUUUUUUUACUUUUUUUUCCAUUUUUUUUUGUUUUAUUGUUAUUUUUUUGUUUGUCAAAGCUUGACGUUGCCGUUUUUUAACAUUUGACUAUUUUGUUUUUUUGUUGCUUUUUUUUUGGUAUUUUUUUUUAAACAUAGCAAACUGAAUUCCAUAAAAAGUUAAUCUUUCCCCGGCAACGGCGCCAAAAUUUGUUAGGCGUGUCGUAGCACCUACAAAUUAAUUUAUUAUUUUCCUUAACUCUUAACCCCCUUUAUGCAUUAAUAUUGAUUAAAACAUAUAGAUAGGGCAAGUAAGGGUCGAUCCCACGAGGAAAGAUACUUUUUAAGCUAUGAAAAUCAAUUUACUUUGUCACU